AAGUUUCUCUUUGCAGCCAUCUUGAGGCUUUCUAAGAACAAGAAGGAAUCGUCUGUCACUUCCUUGAAGAUAAACAUCACUCACACAACAUAUGAACAUCCCACUUUUGGAUGGUUAGCCUAAUACAUACACUCAAUUUUGGUGGCAGAGGACAAAAAGACUUUAUAAAGUGAUGUGCUUUAUGCGGUGCCAAACAUGUUUCCAGGCUUCCCUCCCUCCCGUAAUCAUAACCCACAAGAAGAUUUUGGGGGAAAAGAUAGAAAAAAGGAAAGUUGGAAACAGGAAGUGGGUUAACGGCUUCCCUUGCGAAUGUUGCUUUUGCUCCCCGCUUAUCCCUCCUUAAAUCCCCCUUCCCUUUCUCUCGGCCAUAAUCUCUCAGAGAGAAAACACACGCGCACUGGAAAACAGCUUACUUACUAGGAACAACAAACAACAAAGAAAAUAUUUUCUUUGGUUCAGGGAAAGAAGAAGAAGAAGAACCCAGGAAAGAAAAUGGGUGUUGAAUGGGGAGCUAGACUUCUGGUUCUAGCUUUGCUUUCUUCAAUGGCUUUUGCUGAUCCUCUAGUUCCAACGUUUAUCAUCUUCGGGGACUCGGUUUCUGAUGUGGGAAACAACAACAAUAUCACUACUCCAAUCAAGGCAAACUUCCUUCCUUAUGGAAGGGAUUUUGUCACUCACAGACCAACUGGGAGGUUCUGCAAUGGGAAGCUGGCUGUAGACUUUACUGCCGAGUAUUUGGGUUUUGACACAUACCCACCACCCUAUCUAAGCCAAGAAGGUAGAGGAGGAAAUGUUCAGAAUGGAGUCAAUUUUGCUUCAGCCGGGUCGGGACUGUUUGAUCUCACAGCAGUGACUUAUGGGGCCAUUCCAUUAACACGACAGCUGAACAACUACAGGGAAUACCGGAGAAGAGUGGAGAACACAGUGGGAAGCGAAAAAGCAAACGAGACGUUCUCUAAGGGGAUCCAUCUACUCAGUUCAGGAACUAGUGACUUCGUUCAGAACUACUACAUCAACCCAGUUCUAAGGGGACUCUAUAUCACACCCGAUCGGUUCUCUGACCGGCUCAUGAGAUCUUACUCUACUUUCAUUGAGAACCUGUAUAGACUUGGAGCCAGAAGGAUUGGAGUGACGAGCCUGCCACCGACUGGGUGUUUGCCUGCAGCCAUCACUCUCUUUGGUCUUGGGAGCAACAAUUGCGUCGAGAGAUUGAACCGUGAUGCCAGUUCCUUCAACCAGAAGCUGAACGCAACUUCUCAGGGUCUUGUUGCACGAUACCCUGACCUUAAACUUGUCGUCUUCGAUAUUUACAAGCCCCUCAUGGACAUGAUCAACAAGCCCAGCGACAGUGGGUUCUUUGAGGCGAGAAAGGCUUGCUGUGGGACGGGUACCCUAGAGACCUCGUUGCUAUGCAAUGCGAGAUCUCUAGGUACGUGUUCUAAUGCCACGUCGUAUGUGUUUUGGGAUGGAUUCCAUCCCUCUGAAGCUGCUAAUGAGGUCAUCGCACAAGAUCUGCUGGAAGCAGGAUUCUCCCUCAUAUCAUGAAUCACUCCAGAUGUCCUACCACAGCUGCAAAAUCUCCACCCUGAAGAUGCAUGUACCUUAUAAGAAAAGGCCUUUGGUUUGUUGCUAAUAGUAAUCAGUGCUAGCUUCUAGCUUUUCUUUUAGUACAUUUAUGCAUUGCUUGAAUAAAAAUAUCAUGGUUGU